UUACUUUUUUUAAAACAGAGCCAUGAAGAAAAGAUAAAGAGAAAUAGAGAUCUAUCUAUUCCAUUAUCCCUUAUCGUCAAGAUCUUACACAACGAAACAAUUCACAAACACAUCAACGAAAUGGGACUCACAAAAAUUCCAGCCUCACAUUUUCAUCAUACUUUCUUCUCUCUUUCACUGCUCCUCAAUUUCGCCGACUUGAUCCUAAGCUUCAGCCCACUCAGCCAUUUCCACCGCCGGUUCUACCUUCAAAAACUAUGCUCCUUUGCUCCUCCGCCGGCGGCGGAUUCAACCUUCUUUCGCCGGCGAAUACAGCCAACUCAACCCGUCUUUCUUCUCAUUUUGUCCAUCGGAAUCCGGUGAGUUCAUUCUCUUUCUCUUUUCGAUCUUCUUCUUUACAUUUAUCAGAGAACUUCAAAUCCAAUAGGGAUAGACGGUGGUACCCCAUUGUAGCUUCUUCGACCCCUGUCAUUGAAUCCACCCAAUCUUCGUUUAGGACCAAAAACCCUAAAGAUAUUAACGUUUUGGUGGUGGGUUCUACAGGGUAUAUUGGGAAUUUUGUGGUUAAGGAGCUGGUUAAUAGAGGGUUCAAUGUCAUUGCUAUUGCUAGGGAGAAGAGUGGAAUUAGAGGUAGAAACAGUAAGGAACAAACUUCUAAUGAGUUGAAAGGAGCUAAUAUUUGCUUUUCAGAUGUAACCCGUUUGGAUGCUUUGGAGAAAUCUUUAAGGGAUUUGGAUAUCCCUAUUGAUGUUGUGGUUUCUUGCCUUGCUAGCCGAACUGGCGGCAUAAAGGACUCAUGGAAGAUCGAUUAUGAGGCCACAAAGAACAGUUUAGUAGCUGGAAGAAACCGUGGGGCUUCUCAUUUUGUGUUGCUUUCUGCAAUUUGUGUGCAGAAACCCCUUCUUGAAUUCCAGCGUGCUAAGCUCAAAUUUGAAGCUGAGCUUAAGGAAGAAGCAGGUAAAGAAGAUAGUGGAUUUAGUUAUAGCAUUGUGAGGCCAACUGCCUUCUUUAAGAGCUUAGGAGGUCAAGUUGAGUUGGUGAAAGAUGGUAAGCCAUAUGUGAUGUUUGGGGAUGGGAAGUUGUGUUCCUGUAAGCCAAUCAGUGAGCAGGAUUUGGCUUCUUUUAUUGCUGAUUGUGUGUUGAGUGAAGAUAAAAUCAAUCAGGUUUUGCCGAUUGGUGGCCCGGGGAACGCGUUGACUCCGUUAGAACAGGGCGAGAUCUUGUUUAGGCUGUUGGGGAAAGAACCAAAUUUCUUGAAAGUACCAAUUGGGAUUAUGGAUUUUGCCAUUGGAAUUCUUGAUUUCCUUGCUAAAUUCUUUCCCGCCAUGGAAGAUGCAGCGGAGUACGGGAAAAUUGGGAGAUAUUAUGCAGCUGAGAGUAUGUUGAUCUUAGAUCCUGAAACCGGAGAGUACAGUGCCGAAAAAACACCAAGUUAUGGGAAUGACACAUUGGAAGACUUCUUUGAAAGGGUCCUUAGGGAAGGGAUGGCUGGUCAAGAAUUAGGUGAACAGACAAUUUUUUGAUAUGUUCUGCAAAGUAACAGCUCGUUGGACUUGCAAGUUUGAGAUGGACGGUGCACGUGAUGAAGACACAAGAUGCCCUUGAAACUGUUGUUGGCCUUUGAUUUGAGAGGCAGGCAAGCUAAGUAACGACGAUUAAGGGUCUAAAACUACAGUCGAAUGACUCGAACCAAAGCUUUUAGUACAUUAUCUCUCGAGUUUCAUACAUUUAGACCUCCUGAAAUUCUCUCUUUGCCUAUUGAUAAAUCACAGUAGUGCUAUUGUAA